UUAUAAACUAUGUCUAUGAGUACAAAGAUUUGACUUCCCUACGCCGCGGUAGGCACUUCCACGGACGACGGUUGGGUUGGCAGCAGGCACUUGCGCUUCCCCACGCCGCCGCACGCCAAGAAACUAAAAGGGGGCAACCGACGGGCUCGUUCACCUAUAUUUGUUAAGUUUCAGGCAGAGAGAAAGAUAGAGGAGCAAACAGCAACUCCAGAAGAUGAGUCUCCCUCGCCGCCGCCACCUUGUCCUGCUCGCCUGCCUCCUGGUCUUCCUCGUCUUCGCCGCGUCCGCGUCGACGAGUUCCGCCGAGGUGGCCCCGAGCGUGGCGGUGGACUUCGUGCGGCGGUCGUGCCGGUCGACGGAGUACCCGCGCGUGUGCGAGAGCACGCUGGUCCCCUGCGCGGCUGGCGUGGGGCGCAGCCCGCGCCUGCUGGCGCGAGCGGCGCUGGUGGUUGGCGCCGACCGCGCGCGCAACUGCUCCUCCUACAUCCGCGGCGGCGGCGGCGGCGCGAUGAAGGACUGCGCGGAGCUGGCGCGCGACGCGGAGGAGCGGCUGCGGCAGUCCGCGGCAGAGAUGGAGCGGAUGGGCCGUGCCGGCACACCGCGCUUCGCUUGGUCCCUCAGCAACGUCCAGACCUGGGCCAGCGCCGCGCUCACCGACACCUCCACCUGCCUCGACUCCCUCGCCCAGCAGUCCCGCGGUGGCAAGGACAGCGACGACGCCGUCAGGGUGAAGAGGAGGGUGGUGGCCGUCGCGCAGGCCACCAGCAACGCGCUCGGGCUCGUCAACAGGCUCCAGCCGGCGCCGCACCGGCGGCGUCUCCUGUGACUCUUGUAGCAGCAGCUAGCCACGGAAAUCUUUGAUGGUUCCUCGUUCUCAUCCAUGUCGACAUCAUCCGUCCCCUGCAUCUCCUUCUCCAAUUGCCAUGUAUGCGUGUAUGUAUGGGUAUGGUAUGCGUGUAUGUAUGGACUACGGAUCGAUCAGCUUUCUCGAUUGCGUGGUUGUCGUUGUCUAUCUGUAGUAACUCUGCAGCUGGGAUCACUCAAUUCCCGCUAGUGGUUGUUCAGGAUUAUGCUCAAGUUUAUGCGUAGUAAAUAGCAAAAUCUUUGAUUAGCCUAAUCUCUAAGACAGUGAGGGGGUAGACUACCAUUCCGUGUUCUGUCAUAUUGUCAUAUUCCGUGUUCUGUCAUUC